ACUCAAAAUCCCUAACGCCACGCAGCAGAAUUUCUCCUCUGACAGAUAAAUAAGAAAACGCAAACAAAACAACCAGAACUGAAUUCAUUAAGAAAGAAGCACACACGGAGAGAGAAUUUCCGGCGAAUCAAUGGCGGAGCACUUGGCGUCGAUAUUCGGAACAGAGAAAGACAGAGUGAACUGUCCGUUUUACUUCAAGAUCGGAGCUUGUAGACACGGUGAUCGAUGCUCUCGUCUCCACACCAAACCAAGCGUCAGCCCUACGCUUCUUUUAUCAAACAUGUACCAGCGCCCUGAUAUGAUUACUCCUGGUGUUGACGCCCAGGGUAACCCUAUCGAUCCUCGCAGGAUCCAGCAACACUUCGAGGAAUUUUAUGAGGAUUUAUUUGAGGAGCUAAGAAAAUACGGGGAAAUUGAGAGCCUGAAUGUCUGUGACAAUCUUGCUGACCACAUGGUGGGUAAUGUUUAUGUUCAGUUCAGAGAGGAAGAGCACGCUUCGAAUGCGCUUAAGAAUUUGACUGGGAGGUUUUAUGCUGGUCGUCCUAUCAUUGUGGAUUUCUCGCCUGUGACUGAUUUCCGAGAAGCCACGUGUAGGCAAUAUGAGGAGAACGCAUGUAACCGUGGCGGGUACUGCAAUUUUAUGCACCUUAAAAGAAUCGGCAGGGAGUUGAGGAGUCAGUUAUUUGGGAGUUACCGAAGAAGGCGUAGCCACAGCCGAAGCAGGAGCAGGAGCCCCUAUAGACAUCGGAGCCAUGAAGAGCAUUCACAUAGUGGGCGUGGUUCUGGUCGAAGAUAUGAUGAUCGGGAGCACUAUUAUGAAAGUCGGAGCAGGAGGCAUAGGAGUACAAGCCCUGGACAUCGGAAGGGACGAAGUAGAAGCCCUGCGGGGAGGCGUAAACGAAGCCCGGUUAGGGAAGGCAGUGAGGAGAGGCGUGCUAAAAUUGCACAAUGGAAUAGGGAAAGGGAGCAGCAGGAAGGAACAGCCAAUAAUAAUGUCAAUGCUGACAGCAGCAACAAUGACAACGGGCAAAUGCAAAAUGGCAGCGGUCAAGAAUAUCAGCAGCACAUACCACCGCAGCAAGGAGAAUAUGCAUACUGAUCUACUUUAGGUGCCUGACUUGUUUUCUCUCUGCUCUAAUCAUUUUCAUAUUCCACCUGCUUAAUUAGGAUGUUCCUUUCCAGCAAAGGACCGAACAUUGAAUAAAUAUAGCUUACAGCCCAUUUUCCACUGUGCAGGGGGUGUGCAGGUUCUCAAUUGUCAUAUGGAUUUUUUUUUUUUCUUUAUCUAUUAGCUGCAUCCACUCUGCUUGACUGUGCACUUCAUUGCAUGACGGGCUUGAAUGUUUUUGACUCUCAAUUCCAUUUGGAUUCUUAAAAUCAACAUUGAAAAGAUUUCAAAAUAACAGAAUUAUUCAUUCCAACUUUCCCUUUGUGCCAAGUGUCUAUAGUGAUGAAAUGUUUUGCAAGUUUUGUUGUCCACUGUGAAUUCUUGGGUAAUCCACCAGAUCUCUUGUUAACAAGUAACUAGUAAAGGGCACUUGAGGGUCUAGCUGCUGUGGUCAACUGUGUGACUUGUUCCGCCCCCGUCCCGGGUUCGACCCUCUAUGUGCACGCCUGUCACCCCCGCGGUGCCUAACAUCCCCCUGGGCUUGCAGGAUGUCCAGUGGGCCGUGGGGAAUAGUCGUGGUGCGCGUAAGCUGGCCCGGACACCCCACGUAAAUCAAAAAAAAAAAAAAAAAAGUAACUAGUAAAGGUCUGUAAUAUAGGCUAAUACCAUGGCUGGUCUGUUUUUCUUAUCAAAACUAGAAUUUUAAACUUAGAACUGUUUUGCUGCAUUUGAAGUUUGUGUUCUCAGUGUGUGUAUGCAAUACAGUCCAGGAUUCUGACUACAGCACAUUCAGGCUAGUGCACCAUCAAAUUUCACGGUUCUAUGUUGGGUUUUGCUUCUUGAACUCUCCUUUCCCAUUUUUAUUUUAGCAAAAUAAAGUGAUCUCAACAUCUUUAUGAGUUUUGCAGGUUCAGGUAUCCCUGCUUCUUCGAGACAAGCCACUAUUUUAACUGCAGCUUACCAUGAAAUUUCUGUACAGGUUGUUGGGUGCAAUAUCAGAGGAUUGGUUUUACAGGAUUUAUCAGGCUGCUGUUCAAAAGCAUCCAGGAGCAGAUUGAUUGUAUAACGGUUCAUUAAGUCAUUUAGCAUUGUUAGUGAUUCAUCUGCCAUGUUGGGACAGCCCCUGCUUAUUUCCCUGCUCUUACCAUGUUGUUAGACAAUUUGAUAUUUUGUCAUUAAUGGCUUGUGCAAUAUGUGGACAAGGUAAUCUCCCUCUUUUCCAGGGAGUUUUAAUUUGAUGUGAACGUAGCUGCUUAGUUAUUACUAUGCGAAAUGCUGUCAAUUACCCCA